UUGUGUGUGCGCUCGAGAGGGAGAGAGAAAAAAGAGAGUAGGUUGGAGGUGUUGUGCCACAUGUGAGGGGAAAUGUUUGGAGCGGUGUUGUCACUGGUCAGUUCCCCGCAGCCCAGGAAGAGGCAGAGGCAGGGGCAGCCUCCUCAAUUGGGCUACACGCCGGAGGACUCCUCACUUCUAGUCCCCGCCAGAGGAGACGACGGCUCCCAAGAUGUAACGCCGCCUUAAGAAGAACUCGUCUUUAAACAUUAUACACCAUUCACGAUUUUUUUUAAAUAGUUUUGUUUGAGAUUAUUUUUUUGCGAUGGCAGUUCUGUGCACAUCCGGGCCACAAUGCCUUGACUCCAUUAUCGUCUAAAACUGGCGGAGAGACUGCUAAAUCUUGUUCUUUCCCCCCCACCUAACGACUCCUUUUGUACGCGCCGUGAGGCUGAAACAAAGAGGUGAUGUCUAACCAAGGAGUUCGGCGGAAUGGACCCGUGAAGCUACGAUUAACAGUCCUCUGUGCCAAAAACCUCGUCAAGAAGGACUUCUUCCGCCUGCCCGAUCCUUUUGCGAAGGUGGUCGUGGACGGUUCGGGGCAAUGCCACUCGACCGAUACUGUGAGGAACACACUUGACCCCAAGUGGAAUCAGCACUAUGACCUAUACAUCGGGAAAUCGGAUUCUAUCACCAUCAGCGUGUGGAACCACAAGAAGAUUCAUAAGAAACAAGGGGCCGGCUUCCUGGGAUGCAUCCGCCUUUUGUCCAACGCUAUCAACCGCCUUAAAGACACGGGCUACCAGAGACUAGACUUGAACAAACUGAGUCCGAAUGACAGUGACACGGUCAGAGGUCAGAUCGUGGUGAGCUUGCAGUCCAGAGACCGGAUAGGCACAGGAGGCCCAGUGGUAGACUGCAGUCGACUGUUUGACAACGAUCUUCCAGACGGCUGGGAGGAGAGGAGAACCGCAUCUGGACGAAUCCAGUACUUGAACCACAUCACGCGCACCACACAGUGGGAGAGGCCGACCAGAUCUGCAUCAGAGUACUCAAGCCCCGGGCGGCCGCUUAGCUGCAUCGUGGAUGAGAACACUCCCGUUAGCACAAACGGAGCCACGCCGACAGCAGCGUUGCCGCCAAACGGCGAUGACCAGCGUGCCCAGGAGAGGCGCGUUCGCUCCCAGAGGCAUCGCAACUACAUGAGCAGAACGCACCUGCACACACCUCCAGACCUCCCAGAGGGCUACGAACAGAGGACCACGCAACAAGGCCAAGUGUACUUCCUUCACACUCAGACAGGUGUCAGCACAUGGCAUGACCCCAGAGUACCAAGAGAUCUGAGUAAUGUAAACUGUGAAGAAUUGGGUCCGCUACCUCCUGGUUGGGAGAUACGUAACACUGCCACGGGGAGAGUAUACUUUGUGGACCACAACAACCGGACCACGCAGUUCACUGACCCACGCCUCUCGGCCAACCUGCAUCGUGUCCUUAAUCCAAGCCCGAAUGGCUCACGAGGAGGCAUUGAAAGUCAGAAUGUGAGUCGUCAGAACCCGUUGAAGGAUCAGGUCCAGCAGGCUCUGGUGUCCACGGGUCAGCUCCCAGAGGAGGCAGAGUGUCUCACCGUACCCAAGUACAAGCGAGACCUAGUCCAGAAGCUGAAAAUCCUCCGACAGGAACUUUCUCAGCAGCAGCCGCAGGCCGGGCAUUGUCGCAUCGAGGUAUCCCGCGAGGAAAUAUUUGAGGAAUCCUAUCGACAAGUGAUGAAGAUGAGGCCGAAAGACUUAUGGAAAAGGCUAAUGGUGAAGUUUCGGGGAGAAGAAGGACUUGAUUAUGGAGGAGUGGCCAGGGAGUGGCUCUAUCUGCUUUCACAUGAGAUGUUGAACCCGUACUAUGGCCUGUUCCAGUACUCCCGUGAUGACAUCUACACGCUGCAGAUUAACCCGGACUCUGCAGUCAACCCUGAGCACUUGUCGUACUUCCACUUUGUGGGGCGUAUCAUGGGGAUGGCAGUGUUCCAUGGCCACUACAUUGAUGGAGGCUUUACCCUACCCUUCUACAAACAACUGCUCGGGAAACCCAUCACCCUGGACGACAUGGAGUCCGUCGACCCGGACCUGCACAACAGUCUCGUCUGGAUCCUGGACAACGACAUCACAGGCGUGCUGGACCACACCUUCUGUGUAGAACACAACGCCUACGGAGAGAUCAUCCAGCAUGAGCUCAAGCCCAAUGGCAAAAGUAUCUCCGUAACGCAGGACACAAAGAAAGAAUAUGUCCGCCUGUACGUCAACUGGCGCUUUCUGCGCGGCAUCGAGGCUCAGUUCCUCGCUCUGCAGAAGGGCUUCAACGAAGUCAUCCCUCAGCACCUGUUGAAGGCUUUCGAUGAGAAAGAGCUCGAGCUGAUCGUAUGCGGCCUGGGUAAAAUCGACAUUAAUGACUGGAAGUCCAACACCCGGCUUAAACAUUGCACUCCCGACAGUAACAUUGUCAAGUGGUUCUGGAAAGCCGUGGAGUCUUUCGACGAAGAGCGAAGAGCCCGCCUGCUGCAAUUCGUCACGGGUUCUUCCAGGGUUCCACUGCAAGGCUUCAAGGCCCUCCAAGGUGCUGCUGGCCCACGGCUCUUCACUAUCCACCAGAUUGAUGCCAACACCAACAACCUCCCCAAAGCCCACACGUGUUUCAAUCGGAUCGACAUUCCUCCGUACGAAAGCUAUGACAAACUAUAUGACAAGUUGCUCACCGCCAUCGAGGAGACGUGCGGCUUUGCUGUGGAGUGACUCUGCGAUGAGCCAAGGUGCAACAAACGGCUGAAGUCGCAUGGUUUGGCGAUGAUCCCGCACCCUUUUUUUUACACACAAACAUCGAACGCUCAAUUGCCUUUCUUGUUAUGUGGGGGGGAGAAAAAAAAAUCUCUGCAGCUGCUAAUAACUCAGACUAUUUACUAACUUGUGGAACAUGCAGGAUAUUGGUUGGCUCUUCCUCUUUUUCUAUGUUCAUUCGAGCGUUUUAAAACGACGACUAUUCCAUGUAGCAAGGAGCACUCUGAACCAACAACCGCAGAUACACGCGUGCUUCAUUUGCUCGAGUACAGGGUAAUUUCAUUGAUGUAUAUCAUCACCACUUGCAAACAUUCAUUCUCGACAUGGAGUGUGCCUUGGACUGAUCACACGGGAGCGAGCGUUCGUGCCCGGCCGACAGGAUUACCGCGUGUGCGGAUGCAACGAUGAGUCUGAAUUUGGCGGACAGGUUUUCAUCGCUCUCCAAAGACGGCGGCAAGCAACACAGUGAGUGGCUGCACAAACUGCAUUCCCAUUGUCACUCAUCGACCACCAGUUUGUUUGACUGUGUAUACAUGAACCAAAUGCUUGCAAUGGGUUAUUUUUAUAUAGUAACGGGGGUAAUGGAAUAAAAUGAGCACAUUUCGAGUAGAUCUAACUGUUUAAAUUAUCAAAGGAAUUAAGAACAGAAAUAAGCUGAUUUUCACUCAGUAUUUGGGUUUAUUUAUCACUUUCUAAUCUUUAAUAGGAGGUAUAUCUUAGAGGCUCGCAAAUCAUAAACACACAUACACACCAAAAUAGCCAUUGUUGAAUCUUUGUCAAACCGAGCAUACCCUUUAAAAUAUAUUGCUAUCAUUUUGGAGGCACUUCAGUAACAUGUUUUGUUUGAUUGAUUGUUUUUUUUUAACCUUCAAUCAACUGCCACUCAUCGUGAACAGGGCUUUAUGCAUGUUUUCAAAUGCACGCUUUUGUUCUUCGACUCAAAAUUCUUUCAAUACCAUCUGGUGUUAAAUAGUAUCCGCAUUUGCCUGACUUUGGCGCGCAUAUACCAUAUGCCGUAUAUUGAUUGAUUGAUUUUCGAACAAAGCCCACGUACACAAUUGAUGCCACCAAAAAUAAUAAUAAUAAUAAUAAUGAUAAUAAAACAGAAUAAGUCUCUGGCCACAUUCUCAGGGGUCAUAAUGCGGACCUUGUAUUGUUGUUUUUAACAACUACAUGCAAAUUGACCAUUGUACCUUAUUUUCGAAAUAAUAAGCAUCCACGUUCAUUGUUUCGGCAUAAGUGUUGCACGUUGAAACACUUGGUUGGACAUGAGCUGAGUGAGAUGGCCUCCUGUUACACUCUUCUGUUAAUAAUGUUCUCUUUACAAGAUUGUUUUCUUCCAUUCAGCAUAAAAUUCUUGAGAAUGUUUUCAAAAAUAUGCUGCCUGUUUAGCAAUCUCUCUGACCGUGGACUGUUCUUCACAUUUGCAUACACACACACACACAGAAAUUAACUGUUAUGUUGUUCUUUAAUGUAAACAAGUGUAUGCAAAGUGACAAAUGUCCUCACAUGGUGCUUUGUACAGUAAAAAUAUAUUGUUCAUAUAUGUGGAUCAAACAACCUGUAAUUUAUGUUUAACUUAAUUAGAAACUGAUGUUGUCCUAAUGGGUAGUGGGGGUGAGUUGCACAAAACCAGAGGGAGGUUGCUAUGGGUAUCAAAUUGUGACCGAAAGGCCAUAUUCAUCCACUUAGAAGUCCAGUGCACAAGCAGAUCGAUCACACUUCCUACAGUACUUUAUCCAAUGUCGUCUCAUUGCUGCCUCUCACUGAAGAAUUGAAGUUCUUAUCAAACCAGAAAUGGUCAAGAGUUGCAGCUCUUGCCUUUUGGUUUUUUGUUGUUGUUGUUUUUUUUUAAGCAUGAUCCACGAGGACUAUUAUCUCUCCUUGCUGACUGAUGCAAUUUGAUGUCUGUUAACACUACCAUUUUGUAAGAGUAUUUAAUUUUUGUGUGUAAUUAGUUCUAAUUAAACUCGCCUUUCUCUAACAGCGUAAGGCCUUGUACAAAGAAA